AUGUUGGAGGCACGGCUCGAGCAGGCCAACAUCCUGAAGAAGGUGGUGGAUGCCAUCAAGGAUCUCGUCCAAGACUGCAACUUCGACUGCAAUGACUCGGGCAUCGCGCUCCAAGCCAUGGACAACUCCCACGUCGCCCUCGUCUCCAUGAUGCUCAAGGCCGAAGGCUUCUCCCCUUACCGAUGCGACCGCAACAUCGCGCUGGGCGUGAACCUGACGUCGCUGACCAAGGUGCUGCGCGCGGCCCAGAACGAGGACAUCCUGACGCUCAAGGCCGAGGACGCGCCCGAUGUGCUGAACCUCGUCUUCGAGAGCAGCGAGAACGACCGCAUCAGCGAGUACGACCUCAAGCUCAUGGACAUUGACCAGGAGCACCUCGGAAUCCCGGAGACGGAGUACGCGUCCACCAUCUCGAUGCCGGCCGCCGAGUUUCGGAGAAUUUGCACAGACCUGGCGGCCAUGUCUGAGUCGGUCAGCAUCGACGCCAACAAGGAUGGCGUCAAGUUCUCGUGCAACGGUGACAUCGGCAACGGAUCCGUCACGCUGCGAAGCCACACCAACGUGGAGAAGCCCGAGCUCAAUGUGGACAUUGAGCUGACGGAGCCCGUCUCCCUGACCUUUUCGCUCAAGUACCUGGUCAACUUUUGCAAGGCCGCCGCCCUGUCGAACCAGGUCAAGAUCUGCCUCUCGAGCGAGGUCCCCUUGCUGGUUGAGUACAACCUGUCAGGUAGCAGCUACCUGCGCUUCUACCUGGCGCCCAAGAUUGGUGACGAGGACUACCCUCGGCAGCAACUCUCGGCAGCCAAUCUCCGUAGCCACGGCCAGCAGCCACCGAUAGCAGCCACCCUCAGCAGCAGCAGCCACCCCCAGCGGCAGCCACCCUCUGCAGCAGCCACCUUCAGCAGCAGCCACCUUCAGCAGCCACCCUCGGCAACUAACCUCACUGCACAAGUCGCGCAAUACCAGCUUGGGUCCAUCACCAUCGACGUGAACGUCGGAAACAAGAUUGCCGUCUUCGUCCUCCAGUCGCUGGGCUACGAUGUUGCCGCCCUCAAUACGGUGCAGUUCAGCAACCACACCGGGUACGGGCGAUGGACCGGCACGAAGGCGUCGGCCGACGAGAUCGCCGACCUCUUCCGUGGCCUUCAGCAGUGCUACCUCGAUGACUUCGACAUGAUGCUUUCGGGCUACGUCCCUGGCGCCGAGGCCGUCGCCGCCGUCGGCGACAUUGCCAAGGAGCUCAUCAAAAAGGCUGAACCGAGGCCCGGCUCAUUCUUCUGGGUCCUCGACCCCGUCAUGGGAGACAACGGCAAGAUAUACGUCGCCGAGGACGUUGUCCCCGCCUACAAAUCUCUUGUUCCGUUGGCAGACCUCAUAUUGCCCAACCAGUUCGAGGCCGAGUUCGUCCCUUCCCCCCCCUCCGCGCUCCCGACUCUCCCGGCGACGGCCGAUGCUGACCUUGGCUCGUCUGCGCUUCCCAGGCUGCUGUCCGGCGUCAAGAUCGACGACAUGAAGAGCCUGGAGCAGGCGAUAAGUGCUCUGCACGACGAUUACCGCGUGCCCCACGUCGUCAUCACCUCGGUUAACCUGUCGGCCUCCAACCACCCGACAAAGCAGCUCUCCGUCGUCGGCUCGAGCAGAACGUCGACCGGCAGGUCUCGCCUCUUCCAAAUCACCUUUCCCGCCAUCGACUGCUACUUCUGCGGCACCGGCGAUAUGUUUGGCGCCCUCAUGGCGAUGCGCAUGCGCGAGGCCGUCGAGGCGGUCCCGGGCCUGCGACAGCAGCCGCACUGGCUGAGCGGCGACGACGUGCCCGUGCUGGAGCUGCCACUUGCCAAGGCGGCUGCCAAGGUCCUGGCCAGCAUGCACCAGAUUCUGACGCUGACGAAGGAUGCCAUGCCCGCCAUUAUCGAGCGGACCAAGGCCACGCUGUCGGACCAAGACAAGGCCGACAACGGCAAGGCGCAUGCCAUCAUGUCCAAGGCGGCCGAGCUGCAAUUGACGCAGAAUCUGGAUUGCCUGCGGGCCCCGACCGUCGAGUUCAAGGCAACAGCGAUAGUACAUGACAAACGGAGACACGAGAUGGAUGCUGUAUAA